GGUUGAUGAGUCAUGCCAAAAGGGCGGCUCUCCACACCCAUUUGGCGCCACCUUUCAUUGCUCAGUCCCCACCACCACUACUGUAUCGGGGGAGUACAAUAUACAUGAUGAAUCUGCAGAUUCUCCCACCACCGACACUUUCACCCCCCCUUUUUCCUUAUUACCCUUCUGCGGAAUUACUUUCUUUACCAGUUAUUACUCCUUAAGAAGAAGGAUCUAUGUUGCGAUAAAGACUCCCCGCACCCCUUGGGUCAAUUUCCGGAACAGGAAAAGGUGGGUUUUGCUUCGCGGCGAAGUCAGAGGAGAGGAUGAAGAAGAUGAGUUCUUGGUGCUGGUUAAUGGUGAUUGUGCUGGGGAAUGUCGUCGUCGAAGCGGACGAUCCGUACCGGUUCUUUACAUGGAAUGUUACUUAUGGUGAUAUCUACCCGCUUGGAGUCAAGCAACAGGGAAUUUUGAUCAAUGGGCAGUUUCCCGGUCCGAAUAUUGAGUGUGUGACCAAUGAUAAUUUGAUUGUCAAUGUUUACAACAGUUUGGAUGAACCUUUCCUCAUUUCUUGGAAUGGUGUCGAGCAGAGGAGGAACUCAUGGCAGGAUGGAGUUUUUGGAACCAAUUGUCCCAUUCCUCCUGGAAAGAAUUUCACUUACGUCAUGCAGGUCAAGGAUCAAAUUGGCAGCUUCUUCUACUUCCCUUCCCUUUCUUUCCACAAGGCUGCGGGAGGCUUUGGUGCCAUCAAUAUUGGCAGCCGUCCGGGCAUCCCUGUUCCUUUUUCCAACCCUGACGGGGAAUUCACUAUACUAGUUGGUGACUGGUUCAAGCAAAACCACACUGCCUUGAAAGCAACAUUGGAUAAUGGGCAAGACCUGCCAUUCCCAGAUGGGAUUCUGAUCAAUGGGCGUGGAUCCAACGGUUAUAGAUUUGGAGUUGAUCAAGGCAAAACAUACAGGUUCAGGAUAUCAAAUGUUGGCCUUGCAACAUCUUUGAAUUUCAGAAUCCAGGGGCAUAAAAUGCUACUGGUUGAGGUAGAAGGCACACAUACACUGCAAAAUACUUAUGAUUCCCUCGACAUCCAUUUAGGGCAGUCCUAUUCGGUGUUGGUGACUGCUGAUCAACCUGCACAAGAUUACUAUAUUGUCUUCUCCACACGGUUCACAUCCCCAGUGAUCAUGUCCACUUCCAGUCUCCACUAUGGUAACUCACAGGGAAGCGUUUCUGGACCUCCACCGGGUGGCCCAACUAUUCAAAUUGACUGGUCUCUGAAUCAAGCCAGAUCUGUCAGGCGGAACCUAACAGCUAGCGGACCACGACCGAAUCCCCAAGGCUCAUACCAUUAUGGACUGAUCAACACCACACGGACAAUUAGACUCUCCAACUCUGCUCCAAUCAUCAAUGGAAAACAACGAUAUGCAGUGAACAGUGUAUCAUUUAUUCCGUCAGAUACGCCGCUUAAACUUGCUGACUACUUCAAGAUUCAGGGGGUUUUUACACUUGGAAGCAUCAAUGACAUGCCUACUGGUUCUGGUGGAUACCUUCAAACCUCUGUCAUGGCUGCUGAUUUCAGAGCUUUUGUGGAGCUGGUGUUUGAGAACCCAGAAGACACAGUGCAGUCAUGGCACACCGAUGGCCACCAUUUCUUCGUUGUCGGGAUGGAUGGCGGACAGUGGAACCCAUCAAGCAGGUUGGCAUACAACUUAAGGGACGCAAUUUCUCGUUCCACAGUUCAGGUGUACCCCAAGUCUUGGACAGCACUGUAUAUGCCCUUAGACAAUGUGGGAAUAUGGAACAUAAGGUCACAGAACUGGGCACGCCAAUACUUGGGCCAACAGCUUUACCUUAGAGUUUAUUCCCCAGCAAAUUCAUGGAGAGAUGAGUAUCCAAUUCCAAGCAAUGCUCUUCUUUGUGGUAGGGCAUUAGGUCGCUCAAUCCCAUAAACACAUUGUCAAUGGACACACACACACACACAUGGAGAUGCCUCUGAUUUAACACCAUUCCACUGCACUUCAUAUUUCCCAGAUAUUUGAUCUUUAUUUAUCUGAAUUUUGUUUUAAUUGAAGUAUUUGGAAAAAUGUCUUUAUUCAUUUCAUUUUAUUCAUUUUGGCUUGGGCUCCGUUCGGAAGGUAGGAAAAUGACUUCUGGAAGUCGUUUUUCUCAUUUUCUUGCGUUUGGUAACUUUGGAAAAUCCAAGUCAAUGGAAAAUGAAAGCCGAUAUCUGAA